UAUUUAUAAUGCGAAUUUUUGGUAAUUGUAGUAGUAUUACAAUUCAAUUUUUUAAUACGACAUGUUUUUUACUGUACAGUUGGCAUAAAAACAACUUCGUUCCCAUUCAGCGAGGAAUCCAACUGUUUUUAUAUAAAGCAUGAUCUAGCCCUAGAAGGCAUAUCGCAAGAGCAACUGAGGAGCUACACAAGAGACUUGCUACUUAUCGGUUCAUACUACAAGAGCCUCUAUCGAUUCGCAUUCAAUCAAUCACUCGAAGAUCAUUUCCAUAGUAAGGGUUUAGUGUAUGAGGCGGCACGAGAGGCGGUGAGGCAGUACUUAUUAGAAUUUCGGCUUUUAGCCACGGAAAUAUACGACGAAUGCACUAAAAGUGAUUCUGCAGAAGUAAACUGUUUACCUACACUGCUUCAGAUUCUGCACCACAUGGAACCACUCAAAUAUGAAAUAGAAACUGUUGUUUCAAUUUACAAAACCAAUGAACAAGUUUUAGAUGUGAACUCGUCGCUGCCUUGCGGUGCUGAAUUGAUGUCCUAUUUGUUCAAUGAAAUAUCGCUCGUGACACACAUGAAUACAGCACACACUGUGUUUACGUCACUGUUCUCCAUAUGCAAGGUCUACUUCAAGUUUAUAGAAAAAUUCAUAUUCGAGGGCGAACUAGACGACAGACACAACGAAUUUUUUAUCCGCAAAGACUGUCAAUAUAUAAACUGUCGAUCUAAACGUUACUGGGAUAAAGGGUUCCAUAUAACUCAGUCCGUCGCUAUCCCAGAAUUCUUGAGGCCAUUGGCUAAGUUCAUACUGCUAUGUGGCAAGUCGCUGAGGCUAUUGAAACUGUGCAAUCCCAAUGAUCCGCUGGUGGUGCUGAUAUCGUCUGACCACCCGUCCAUGAAGUGUUGCUCCACGUUCGAGCAGCUGCAGCGCCAGCAGCGCGUGCUGGACGUCUACCGCACCAGGUGUCUGUUCGUAAGCGGGGAGCCUGUCACCUUCGACCAGAUAUUGCUCAAGAGGGAAGCAGAGAAGAAAGCUUUCACAGAAAUGGCGUCCGUUAAACAGGCCGAGACUAUGGAGAAAAUCGUCGCUGAACGUAAAAGACUGGCUCAGUUGAUAAUCGCGGAAAAACAGCAUUCGUUGAGAGUACUAGAAGCCGCUAUGGCUGAAGCGAAAGCGGCAAAGGUUAAAGCAAGACAGAGGGAGCGACGCCGCUCUCAGUUAGAGAGAGAGGCAGAGAAUGCCGCCGAAGAAGUAGACUCCAAACUGAGAGAUGAUGAGAAAAACAAAAUUAUGGAGUAUUAUUCGAAACUGAAUAUGGAAGUUGAGAAAAGUAAAAUACAUACUGAAUGGAAAAUCAAACGAUUACAAUUAGAUCAAAGCAGAAUACAAUUGCUGUCCACAGAAGAAAGAAAUCUGAAGAGAGAGAAAUUAGAACUUGAACAUCAGAGGAAUGGUGAAAUGGCAAUGUCUAUUAGCCUGGAUUGUAAUAUUGAUAAUGAUUCUAAACAAGAAGGUGAUAAUGUUGAAAGUCCUGAAUUCGAUAAUGCUGAGGCAACUAAAAUUGAGGAAAUAGGAGAGAGUUCACAAAACCCCGAAACAAAAUCCCAAUUGGCUAGUGGUGUUUUGAAUGUGCUGUGUAGUGCAGCUAAAAGUAUAUUCAGUGUAAAGACAACGGCUGACGAUAAAAAUUGUGAUAACGUUAAGAAUUUGGACGCUCAAGGUAAUGUCGUGUGUGGUGAUACAGAAAUCAAUUCAAAUAAACACGAAAUAGUGACAUCUAGCGAAGAAAUCGGUAACAAUCUAAAUGAAACUUACGAUAAUGUUCAGUUUCUGAAGAUGAGACAAGAGGCUUUGCUGAAUAAGCAAAAAGUGAUGUCACAUGAAUUUGGACAAGUUGAUAAGGAAAACAAUCAAACGAAAUAUCCCUUUAUUAGAACAAUAAACGUGGACGAAGAAAACAAUAUGCAAGAAUGGUCUACUUUCUCGGAGGCGAGACGGAAUAAGCUCAAAGUACUAGGCGAUGAAUUCGGUUUAGAACCUCAAAUGAAACCGAUUGUAGAACCAAAGACAGAAGCACAGAAGGAAGCUUUAAUUAACAAACAGAAAGUUCUAGGGGUUGAAUAUAAUCUCCCUCUAGAAAUGUCCAUAAAAGCACCGGCAAAUAUAGCACAAGAAGAAGCUCUUAGAAACAAAACGAAGAUACUCGGCUCUGAUUAUGACACGAGGACGGCUGAAGUUGUACCUAAACGGGAGACAGCUAAACGAUCAGGUCUGACGUUGAAUUUGAAACCUUAUGGAGAGACUAUAGGAUCUAGUUAUGGUAUCACACCCAACACAGGAGCGAUUACGCCGGGAGAGUUAUUCCCCAGGCUCGAUUUAGAAACUCCAACUACAGGUGACGUGCCUUUAGAAGGGGCUAUAACGGCUGAAAUAUGUACUCCACGUAGCGAAUUUAUGAAAGAUACAGAUACAGCGGAAAAAAUCGAUAAACAGUACAGCACUACGGACGGUUUCAAUUUCCCCGUUCUAGAAGACGAUGACGUAGCAGAAGCAGAAACUGGUAGUGAAAUGCAAACAGAUGGAAGUCCAGAAAACUCACCUUCGAAGAGUUUAGACGUUGAAACGAAGAAUCAUACGAAACACUAUUCAUUUUUCGAAUUACUAGAUGGAUCUUAUAACCUGAAUGAAUUCGAUCCGUUCGGUGUGAAAGAUCUGAAGAAGUUUUCGAAGGAUUUUUUCAAUAAUAGAAUGGAUAAUGAAAUGCUAUCGUCUUGUUAUACACACCCUUCGGUUAUUAUGGACGAAGUGAAGAAAUCACCGUAUUCUAAUAUAUUUGCAACACAUUUUAAUCCAGAUGAAAAGAAAGAGCAGAAGAUUACCAGUGAUAACAUAUCCAUGUUGAGUGCUUGUCUGCAAAGAUCUGUUAUGUUACCGUUGACGUACCAAUUGGAAGUGGUCAAUAAUUCCAUGUUGACAUAUUUCCUGGUGAAUCUAGACAUGUAUGAACAUUUGAGGAGUUUGAAAGAUUACUUUUUCCUAAUGGAUGGGGAGUUCUCUAGGAGUAUUUGCAACAAUCUGUUCACACAGCUGUCGAAGACUGUGAAUCCGCAGGAGCUGUUGAACUUUGCUACUCUUCACAACAUUUUGGAUAAGGCUCUCGGUUCAUCGAUAUCGCACGUGCACAAGUUCUCCGAGAACCUGUCGUUCAGCCUGUCGGCGCCCCCGCUGGGGCUGCAGCACGCCUCCCCCGACGUGCUGCAGUGCCUCGCGCUCUCCUACCAGGUGCGGUGGCCGCUCAACAUUAUACUGUCCCAGGAGGCGCUGCUCAGGUAUGCGAGAGUGUUCCAGUUUUUGCUGAAAAUGAGAAGAAUCUUUUGGUCACUUAGCGAAGAUUUUGAGGCUCUAAAACUGUCGGUGAAAUUGUCAAAGCAGCAUUCUAGGAGAUUAUUAAGAUCACCUCAAUACAUAUCUAUACAGAUAUACAGACACAAUAUGGCGUCGAUGAUUCGCGCCCUCGACAACUAUAUAGUGACCACGUGUAUCCUAACCUCCUGGACAGAGUUCGAGAACGAUCUGAAGAAGGCCAGGACUCUGGACGAUCUGUACGACUGCCACGUGGUUUAUAUUAAGAAAGUCCUGUUCAGAUGUCUCCUGAAUAACAGAUCAACUCCAGUUAUGAAGUUAUUGAACGAUAUAUUCACGGUAAUAUUGAAGUUCAGCCGCGUUUUGAAAGCGGGAGAAUGGCAUCAGGUAGAACCGAAUGGUCGCUUUGUUCACUCGAGUUUUUCCCAACUCGAUGAGUUGUUCCAUCUAUUCGAGAAAUUGGCGAAAUAUUUACACAAGGUGAUCACCAAACUAAUGGAAUGUGGAUACCAAAGACAUUUGGUAGAGUUAUUGACUAUGGUCAAUCUGAACGGAUACUACGAACCGGAGAAGACGAAAGAGGAACACAACGUUAGUGCAUUGACUAGUACUUGAUAGUUUUCAUUGUAUCGAAGGCAUAAGAAUCUAUGUUCAUACGGUCUCUGUACUAAGUUUUCAGUAUUAUUGUUUUGCAUUACAAUAUUGAUGUAAUUGUUGUACAUUUAAUUUAUUUUUGAUUAAUUCAGUUCAAUUUCUUUAUUAUUACAUUAAACCGUCAAAGUAGGUAGUUGUAGUAGUUAUCAAAGUAGUAAAAUGAAACUAUAUAUCGAUAUAA